CAUAGAGAUAUAUCUUGAGUAGCAUAUUACAAUAAUUUAAAAACCAAAGAAAUACAAACAAUAAUGUCUUUCUCCUCCUCCAACUUCUAUGUUAUUCUAUCCAUCUCCUUAACAGUCUUCAUCUUGUUAUUCAAUAUCAAUAAGGUGAACUCAACAGAACUCACUUCUUUUACCAUCACAAAGUUUAGCCAAGACCAAAAGAAUCUAAUCUUCCAAGGCAAUGCCAUAACUACCUCGACAGGGAAGUUACAACUUACCAAGGCAGUCAAGAACUCUAUUGGCAGAGCUCUAUAUUCUGCUCCUAUUCAUAUUUGGGAUAGCAAAACAGGAGACGUGGCUAACUUCGAAACACUCUUCACUUUUGCCAUAACUGCUCCUUAUAGUAGCAAUGUUGCCGACGGUUUGGCCUUCUUCAUUGCACCGGUUGAUACUCAGCCACAAAACAUCGGGCGUGCAGGAUUUCUCGGAGUUUUCAACAGCGAAACUUACAAUAAAUCGAUUCAAACAGUUGCAGUUGAAAUUGACACUUUUCAUAAUACUUGGGAUCCAAAAAUAAAUAGACAUAUUGGCAUCAAUGUAAACUGUAUUAAGUCAAUAAGCACUACAUCAUGGGUUUUGGAAAAUGGAAGAGAGGCUAAUGUUUUGGUAAGGUUUGAUGCUCACACUAAUGUGUUAAGUGUAGUUUUGUCUUAUCCAGGACUUCCUGAUAGUUAUAUCCUUAGUGAUGUUGUGCCUUUGAAAGAUAUUGUUCCUGAGUGGGUAAGGAUUGGUUUCUCAGCAGCCACUGGUGCAGAAUUCGCAGAACAUGAUAUUCGUUAUUGGUCUUUUCAUUCGGAGCUGAGCCUAGUUUUUAAUAACAACAAUGCUAAUGUUUCAAGCUCUGUCCAGUCUGCAUAGUUGAAAACUUGUUUCAUUAUGUAGUACAGAGAUGAUAAAUGGUCAUUAUCAUGUAGUAGAAUGGUCACAAUCGUAUCUGUUUUUUGUUUUCCGAAUAAUAUCUGUAAUGCUAUCAUAUAUGUCCUUCAAUGUGUUUUUUAUUUCCAACCCAACACGAUAAGAAUAUGAGAGAAAGUUGUUCAAAA